AUGGCAAAUUUAUUAUUCUCCAUGGCUGUUUUAGCUACUGCUUUGGUCUUCAUCCAUUUCACAUUUCCAGUGGUUGCUGCGUUAGCGAGUUCAAAAAAUUCAGAGGUCAUUCGUUUGAAAUCCAAUUCAACGAUUGCGGAAAGACAUUCGAAGCAGUACUGCUCCAUGUAUGGUAUCUGUGGAGAGCGUGAAGAUGGGAAAGUUUUAAAUUGCCCUUAUGCUAUCCCUGCAGUGAAGCCAGAUGAUUUGUUUUCUGCAAAAAUUCAGAGUUUAUGCCCUAGAUUAAGUGGAAAUGUUUGUUGUACUGAGGCUCAGUUUGACACUUUGAGGCAACAAGUUCAACAAGCUAUCCCGUUCCUUGUGGGGUGUCCUGCAUGCUUGAGGAAUUUCUUGAAUCUUUUCUGUGAGUUGUCUUGCUCUCCAGACCAAAGUUUAUUCAUCAAUGUGACAUCGACAGCUGAGGUCAAUGGUCAACUGACUGUAGAUAGCAUUGACUAUUUUAUAUCCGAAAGUUUUGGUGAAGGACUGUAUGAUUCCUGCAAAGAUGUCAAGUUUGGGACUAUGAACACCAGGGCCAUGGCGUUCAUUGGUGCUGGCGCUCAAAACUUUAGAGAAUGGUUUGACUUUAUUGGCCAGCGAGCUGAACUUGGUUUCCCUGGCUCACCUUAUGCCAUGAACUUCACUUUGAAAAUCCCGGAUUCAUCUCCGAUGAAGCUCAUGAAUGUGUCUGUUUAUUCUUGUGGGGACACGUCUUUGGGAUGCUCUUGUGGUGAUUGUCCUUCCUCUUUGGCAUGCUCAGACACAGAACCUCCUUCUCCAGACAAGAGGCAUUCCUGCUUUCUUAGGAUAGGGCCUCUUAAGGUGAAAUGUAUUGAUUUCUCAGUAAGCAUUCUGUACAUCUUCAUGGUUGUUACUUUUUUUGGCUGGGCAUUAUUUCAUCAAAAAAGAGAAAGGAGUCCUAAUGGAUCCGUGGCAGAGGCUUUAUUAACUCAUACUGACGAAGAUGGAAAAAUUUCUGGAUCUGUAAGGAAGGAUGAGACGGAGAAAAGUAUUUCUUUAAUGAGAAGAAGGAUCCAUUCUGUUGUGCAAGGAAACAUGGCAGCUUUUUUCCGGAGAUACGGAACAUGGGUGGCUAGGAAUCCAACUCUUGUGUUGUUCUCAUCCUUGUUGGUCAUUGUAAUUUUUUGUUUGGGUUUGAUUAAAUUUCAGGUGGAGACACGACCUGAAAUGCUUUGGGUUAGUCGUGGGAGUAAGGCAGCGGAAGAGAAGCAAUUUUUUGACAGUCACCUUGCCCCAUUCUACAGGAUUGAACAGCUUAUAAUAUCUACCAUUCCAGAUGCUGAGGAUGGAAAAUUGCCUACAAUUGUAACUGAAGAUAAUUUCCAGUUGUUGUUUGAAAUCCAAAAUAAGGUCGAUGAACUUCAUGCAAACUUUUCGGGCUCUGUGGUUAGAUUGAGUGACAUUUGCUUGAAGCCUCUUGGUGAUGAUUGCGCGACACAAAGCGUUAUCCAGUAUUUUAAAAUGGAUCCUGACAAUUUUGACAGUUAUGGAGGAGUUGAUCAUGCUGAGUACUGCUUUCAGCAUUAUACUUCUGCGGAGACAUGUUUGACUGCUUUUAAGGCACCCCUUGAUCCUAGUACUGUCCUGGGGGGUUUCGCACAGAAUAAUUAUACAGAGGCAUCUGCAUUUGUUGUUACGUAUCCAGUAAAUAAUGCAAUCAGCGAAGCUGGCAAUGAAAAUGCAAAGGCAGUGGCCUGGGAAAAGGCUUUUAUUCAGCUAGCCAAGGAUGAGUUGCUGCCGAUGGUUCGAUCUAAUAAUUUGACUCUUUCAUUCUCCUCUGAGGUCUCCAUUGAGGAAGAACUGAAACGGGAAAGUACAGCUGAUGUCAUAACAAUAUUGGUUAGCUAUCUUGUUAUGUUCGUGUACAUAUCAUUGACCUUGGGAGAUGCUUCCUCGAAUUCCAAGCUUUAUGUUUCUUCAAAGGUACUGUUGGGAUUGUCAGGGGUUGUACUUGUAAUGCUUUCGGUCCUGGGAUCUGUUGGAUUUUUUAGUGCUAUUGGAGUGAAAUCAACAUUAAUCAUAAUGGAAGUAAUUCCUUUUCUCGUUCUGGCAGUUGGGGUGGAUAAUAUGUGUAUAUUGGUGCAUGCUGUGAAAAGGCAACCAUAUGACUCACCCUUAGAAGAACGAAUCAGUAAUGCCCUUGUUGAAGUUGGUCCUUCUAUUACUCUGGCCAGCUUAUCUGAAGUUCUAGCUUUUGCUGUCGGGAGUUUUGUUUCUAUGCCAGCAUGCCGUGUUUUCUCCAUGUUUGCCUUUUUAGCUGUUCUCUUGGAUUUUCUUCUGCAAGUUACGGCUUUUGUGGCGUUGAUCGUACUGGAUGUACGAAGAGCUGAGGAUGGAAGAGUUGACUGCUUCCCAUGCAUAAGAAUCCCAUCAAGUCAUGUACACAGUGAGCAAGGUACCAGUUACAGGAAUGAUGGAUUGCUGACUCGUUAUAUGAAGGAGGUCCAUGCAAGGAUUCUUGACCUGUGGAUAGCUAAAGUUUUGGUUGUUGCCAUUUUCGUUGGAGUAACUUUCACCAGUAUCGCACUUUGUUUUAGAAUUGAAAGAGGUUUAGAGCAACAGAUUGCACUUCCUCGAGAUUCUUAUCUUCAGGAUUACUUCAAGGAUCUCUCACAGCUUCUAAGAGUUGGACCACCUUUAUAUUUUGUUGUUAAAGACUACAAUUACAGCUCGGAGUCCAGACACACAAACCAAUUGUGUUCAAUCAGCCAAUGUGACGUGAACUCCCUUUUAAAUGAGAUUUCAAGGGCUUCUUUAACCCCUGAAGUGAGCUACAUUGCUAAGCCAGCGGCCUCUUGGCUUGAUGAUUUUCUUGUUUGGACAUCUCCUGAAGCUUUUGGUUGUUGUAGGAAAUUUGUAAAUGGCAGUUAUUGUCCCCCUGAUGACCAGCCUCCUUGUUGUUUGGCUGAUGAAGGUCCCUGUGGACUUGGUGGAGUUUGCUCAGAAUGUACAACUUGCUUUCGCCAUUCAGAUCUAGUUCAUGAUCGUCCAUCCACAGCCCAAUUUAAGGAGAAGUUGCCAUGGUUUCUCAGUGCACUGCCUUCAGCUGAUUGUGCCAAGGGUGGUCAUGGAGCAUACACUAACAGCAUAGAUCUAAAUGGUUAUGAAAGUGGUGUCAUCCGAGCUUCAGAGUUCCGCACUUAUCAUACACCCCUCAAUAAGCAAAGUGAUUAUGUUAAUGCAGUUAAGGCCGCCCGAGAUUUCAGUGAGAAGAUAUCUGAUUCUCUGAAGAUGGAUGUCUUUCCCUAUUCGGUGUUCUACAUUUUCUUUGAGCAAUAUCUGGAUAUCUGGACUACAGCUGUAAUCAACAUCGCCAUAGCACUUGGUGCUGUAUUCAUUGUGUGCUUGGUUAUCACAACCAGCUUAUGGAGCUCAGCAAUCAUUAUACUUGUCAUAGCCAUGAUUCUGUUGGAUCUAAUGGGUGUAAUGGCUGUUCUGAACAUCCAGCUGAAUGCGGUUUCAGUGGUGAACCUAAUUAUGUCAAUUGGAAUUGCUGUUGAGUUUUGUGUUCAUAUAUCUCAUGCAUUCAUGGUAAGUGAAGGAGACAGAAAGCAACGAGCAAGGAAAGCUUUGCAGACAAUGGGAGCUUCGGUUUUUAGUGGAAUCACAUUGACAAAGUUGGUUGGAGUCAUUGUUCUAUUCUUCGCAAGAUCGGAGAUUUUUGUGGUUUACUACUUCCAAAUGUACCUGGCCUUGGUGGUUAUUGGUUUUCUACAUGGACUUGUAUUUUUACCCGUUGUAUUAAGCUUGAUGGGGCCGCCAUCAACAUAUGUAUCACCUGAACCUGCUUUGCAGGAUGAAGGUCAAACAUCAUCUGCCUUGCAUUGA